AUGACUACUGCGGCGAUGCUCCAAAAGCGGGAAGGUGAAAAUGUCUCAGCCCUCGGCGUCAAGGCCGUGGUCUGCAAUGUGGAUUCUGAGUUCAGAUAUACCUUGUUCACUGUCUUCUACAGCAUCAUCUUCAUUCUGGGCUUUGUAGCAAACGUCUACGUGCUAUGGCUUUUUACGCGGGUUUACGCAACCAAGAAAUUAAAUGAAAUAAAAAUAUUCAUGGUCAACUUGACGACAGCCGACCUGCUCUUCUUGGUCACCUUGCCCAUGUGGAUUGUAUAUUACCACCAUAGAGGGGACUGGAUCAUGCCUCCCUUUUUGUGCAACCUGGCUGGCUACUUAUUCUUCGUGAACACUUACUGUUCGGUUGCCUUCCUGGGCGUCAUAACGUAUAAUCGGUUCCAAGCGGUAACAAGGCCCAUUUCAACUGCUCAGUCCAGCACCCGUAGAAGGGGCAUUUAUAUCACUAUAGCCAUCUGGGUCAUCAUAGGUGUCCCUUCCAUGUACUUCCUCUAUGACGAAGGGACUACCCCGGAGGAGGAUGUUAUACGCUGUUUUGAGCGUUAUGACACCACCAAAGAAAACACCGCUGUCCUUGCCGUCCACGUGGUCAUAUGCAUUUGUUUCUUCAUUGCCUUUCUGAUUGUCUUGGUAUGCAAUGCGUUCAUUAUCCGGACGUUGCUCUCCCAACCAUUGCAAGCUCGGAAGAGCGCCCGCGUCAGGCAACGGGCGUUCUGGCUGGUGUGCACCGUCUUGACCGUCUUCAUUCUGUGUUUUGUGCCUCACCACUUUGUGGACCUACCCUGGACCUUGAUGGUUCUGAAGAAAUGGGAAAUAAGCUGCUCAUCACAAAAGUUCCUGAAUGAUAUCCACCAAGUCACCCUGUGCCUCCUGGGGGCCAACUGCGUUCUGGAUCCUAUCAUUUACUGCUUCCUCACCAAAAAGUUCAGGAAACACCUUUCUGAAAAUUUGAAAAACAUUAAAGACAGCCGCAAGUGCUCCAGGCAAACAACUGAGACGGCAGUGGAGGGAAUGAUACAUUUGGAACAAUGCAUUCAUCCUUCUCUCAAGCCUUAAAAGAAGAGCAACAGGAAGACUUCAGUGAUGCUUGUUCCGUGCCCAAAUUCAGGUUGGCAGCAGGCAAGAGCUCUCUGAAUUUCUGGCUGAUUAAUUCAGGUUUCUAGCUCUUCUAUGGUUACAAUUGCAGCAACUAGAAUGCACUUAGGAUGUUUAAAU